CGCGGCGGCACGCACAUCGUCCUUCCCCCACACUCUCACACUCUCCUUCCACCUGCUAGCUCUCGCAUCCGCAUCAAAACAAGCUUCAGCUCGCCCAAUUUUCUAUACGCCGAUUGCACGGCGGAAGAUACCACGCAAGCCGCGCGCGCAGGCAGCUAAGUACGAGCCAGUGACAGUACUUAACAGCUGCCAAUUGAGCUCAGUUAGUGACUCGGCAAGCAGUGCUCGUCUUCCGCUUCACUCUGCUAGUAAGUGUCACUCACAAGCGAGAUCUCGGCGUAGUAGGGGCUGGGUGAGGCGCUGGACGCGGCAAUGGCGGCGGUGGGGAAGCCGCUGAGGCUGAAGGACCUCCUGGAGCUGGACUGCGACUCGUGCAGCGCCGCCGGCUUCCGCUGCUACCCGCGCCACCUCUGCGUCGCCGUGCCGCUGCCGGCGCGCCACGAGGCGCCGGAGGCGCACAGUGUCUUCGGGCGGUCGCACUCUCUGCUGUCCAUCAGGAGCCUCUCGCGGCGGAUCAGGGGCAGCUUCAGCUGGGGGCGCCGCGACGAGGAGGUGCCGGCGCCGGCGCCGGUUCCCGCCGUCAGCAGCUGCAGCAGCUCCGACUCGGAGACGUCGGUGUCAGGGUCGUCGGCGGCGGAGUCCGACUUCUCAUCAGCAUGCUCGGCGGAGAGCCGGAGCACCGGCGUGACCGCCGCCGCCGACGGACACGAGCGGGAGGCGAUGGAGCGUGGAUCGAAGGAGGAAGGCUCCGGCUCGGAGGCGGACGACAAGGAGCAGCUCAGCCCGGUGGCCGUCAUGGACUUCCCGUUCCACGACGACGAGGAGGAUGACGCCGUGGAGGACGGAGGAACCAGCGACGGCGGGAGCGCGUGCUCGUCUUCUCCGUUCGGCGACAGCCUCGCGCAGCUCCACCAGAGAAGAAAUAUACAGCUGAAACACAAACUCCGACGGCUCAGGAGCAUCGGGGCGGCACCCGUCGCGGAUCUCGGAGAGCGCUUCGCCGCCGCCUCGGAGCCCGACGGCGUCGGCAACGUCCCGUUACAGGACCUCUGCCCCGACGCCGACGCGGCGAAACCAGCAUCCCGCCUGGAAGGUCACCGGAGCGUCGACGUAUAUCCCGACGAAGACAACCUCAUUGCGCAGCUAACCAGCACCUUCUCGGCGGGCAACGGCUCCGAGCGCCUCCUGCUCGACUUCUUCGCCGAGACACGACGGGUCAGCAGCACAUCGGAGAGCUGCGAAGCUGCGGUGAGAGUGGCCCAGGACUGGGUACAAGGCGCCGGGGCGCGGUGGGGCCUGAGGGAGGUGCUGUGCGGCCGGGAGGACCUUCUGGCGGAGAUGGACCGGGGCCGACGGUGGUCGUCGCGCGUAGGACAGGAGGAAGAGGAGCGGGAGGUCGGUGUGCUCGUGGCGGGAUUGGUGGUCGACGAGCUGCUGCGUGAGCUAGUCAACGAUAUGCUUCUGUUGCUAGGUUACACAAGUAUAUACCCGGACGUGUAACGUGUGUUAGCUAGAGUGUGUAAGCCUCGAGGACCAUCGAGAAAAAACUUUCUUCCAGUACAUUUUGUGGUUCAUCCGUUUAGGGGCUGAAAGAGUGGUGUGUACAUAUUGGCAGUACGGAAGCAAAAAAAAAUGUUUUCUUUU